AACGGCGCGUGCCAGUCGUCGUGCAAGAAGACGCCGCUCCGCGUCGGCGCGUCCGUGAGCAUCCAGGGCGAGGCCAAGCUCACGUCGGCACUCGACAAGCAACCCGUCGUCGUCGUCGUCGAGGCCGGCAACAACGUCUGGAAGAACUACAAGAGCGGCGUCGUCAAGUCGUGUCCUGGCGCGCAGUCGGACCACGCCGUCUUGGCCGUCGGCUACGACGCUGGCAGCUACAAGAUCAAAAACUCGUGGGGCGCCAGCUGGGGCAACGGCGGGUACAUUUCUCUGCAGCGCGGCGUCGGCGGCAAGGGCAUGUGCAACGUCGCCGAGCACCCGUCGUACUCGCCGCUCAAGUAA